UGCAGCCGCCCGCAGCCUCGGGGCCAGCUCCUCUGCCCUGCAGCCGCACAACUGGAUUAUUCCCGCCGGAAAGAUCACGCUCUCCUGGGGCUCUCCUUUGACUGUGGAGGGAGGGAAACAUCUCUUGUCUCCCUCACUGAAGGGGAAUUCGGACUGAUCUAUCUGAAACCGUGCUCCUGCAAAACUCCGUUUGUUUGAGUUCAUUCAACUACAAUAUAAAAUUCACUGCCCCAGAUAGAAAGAUGACAAAGCAGUGGAUCACAUUUUUGCUGUUCUUAUCGGUUGCUUUGUUCUUCUCCACAGCUAUUCCAUCAGAAGGGCAUCAGAAUAUGACAGAGGACUUCGCUCAGCUGAGUGUUACACGGAAUAAAAUCAUGACAGCACAGUAUGAAUGCUACCAGAAAAUUAUGCAAGAUCCUAUUCACAGGAAAGAAGGGCCUUAUUGCAACAGGACGUGGGAUGGCUGGUUGUGCUGGAGUGAUGUUGCUGCCGGAACUGUGUCAGUACAGCGCUGUCCUGACUACUUCCAGGAUUUCAACCCAUCAGAAAAAGUUACAAAGAUUUGUGAUCCCAGUGGAAAUUGGUUUAGACACCCAGAAAGCAACAGGACGUGGACGAACUAUACCCAGUGUAAUAUCUACACACAUGAAAAAGUGAAGACUGCUCUGAAUUUGUAUUACCUGGCCAUCAUUGGGCAUGGCCUUUCAAUUGCUUCACUUCUGAUUUCUCUUGGCAUAUUCUUUUAUUUCAAGAGCUUGAGUUGCCAAAGGAUUACCCUGCAUAAAAAUCUAUUUUUCUCUUUUGUUUGCAACUCUGUUGUAACAAUAAUUUCACUGACUGCCGUUGCCAACAAUCAGGAGUUAGUUGCAACUAAUCCAGUUAGUUGCAAAGUGUCACAAUUCAUCUACCUGUACCUGAUGGGCUGCAACUACUUUUGGAUGCUGUGUGAAGGCAUUUACCUGCACACUCUCAUCGUGGUGGCUGUUUUUGCUGAGAAGCAACACUUGAUGUGGUAUUACCUUCUUGGCUGGGGUUUUCCACUGAUCCCUGCCUGCAUACAUGCUGUUGCCAGAAGUUUAUAUUAUAACGACAAUUGUUGGAUCAGCUCUGAUACUCAUCUGCUCUACAUCAUCCACGGCCCUAUUUGUGCUGCUCUGUUGGUGAAUCUUUUCUUCCUGCUAAAUAUCGUUCGUGUGCUCAUAACCAAGCUGAAAGACACCCAUAAGGCAGAAUCCAACCUGUACAUGAAAGCAGUGAGAGCUACCCUGAUUCUCGUGCCACUCCUUGGCAUUGAAUUUGUCCUGUUUCCAUGGCGACCAGAGGGCCGGAUCGCUGAGGAAGUUUAUGACUAUGUGAUGCACAUCCUCAUGCACUACCAGGGUCUGCUGGUGGCUACAAUUUUCUGCUUCUUUAACGGAGAGGUCCAAGCUGUUCUGAGAAGACACUGGAAUCAGUACAAAAUCCAGUUUGAGCACAGCUUCAGCCACUCGGAUGCCAUCCGCACCGCUUCCUACACCGUGUCGACAAUCAGCGAUGUCCAAGGCUACAGCUACAACCACGACUGCACCAGCGAACAUUUAAAUGGGAAGGGCUACCCCGACAUGGAGAGUGUUGUGCUAAAAACCGAGAAGCUGUAUGGUUGACCACCCAGGGCUCAGUACACUCGCCAGGCUUGGCCCCCUGAACCCCAAGUUUGAGUGAAUGACUUCACCGCCAGAAGAUUUUCCCUAACUUGGGAUAUUUGUUCUCCUGAAUGAUGCAAACUAAACCAACUCCUUCCUCACAUGUAUGUAUAUAUCUGCAUAUAUACAUAUGUUUGUUUCUGUGCAUCUCUAUAGUAUGGACAUCUGUACAUAUAUAUCUACAUAUGUAUGUGCAUUUAUAUAGGGAUACAAACUUUGCCUCUUCAGUUUCUACUGUGUAGACAAAGUUGGCAAUUUUUUGUACAAAGGGAAUCAAUGAAGGAUUUCUUACUUAUUUUGAAGGAUUUCUUUCUUACUUUGAAGGAUUUCAUGCUUUCUUUGAAGGAUUUCUUAUUUUCUUGGCAGUUUGUAUGACUGUUGUGUCGAAGCCACUUCGUUUGCCCAUAGAGUGUAAAUACCACACUGUAUUGUCUUAAUUCAACCUAAAACAGAACAAAGUAGUUCAGGUAGGUGCAAUAAUAACAAUAGAUUGUCCAGGUUAAUUUUGUGCCCAGCAUUUCACUGCUGAAAGAGUCCAACAGGCAGUUUGAGAUAGCAGACAGAGGGUUUUGAUCUGCCCAGUUUGUUUUAUGCACUAUUUGGAACCAAGCAUAGAGACACCAGUGCAAUGGUGAUGCUCCUCAGCUCCAUACCACAGUGUAAUACUUUACAGCAGCCUUUAAGCAACUUUAUUUAUAUUUUAUAUGAGUGUCUCCUUUUGAGGCUUGGGGAAGUUUCUCACUGGCUCUACCACAGACAAGAUGGGAGAGGUCUUACUACUGGAAGGAAAAGUAGUAACCUGGGUAACAGUAAAUCUUUCCGGACACUAUCUCAUAACUGCAGCUGAUGGAAUUUAGCUGUCUGCUUAAAAGGAAUUUAUUCAGCUGGGAAAAGAUCAUGUACAGAAUUUGUUGUAACCAUGUUGUUUUGUUUUAUUUUUAAGCAUUUCCCUAGCCCUAUGCUUGAUAAUUUAUUUCUUCAUCCUUGGGGCAAAGGUUUGAUUAAUUUGGUAAUGUUUUUUGCCUGAGACAAGGAUGCAGGACUGAAUGCAGUGUGAAUGAUGUACUACCUUCAAAACCAGUCUGUCAGAUUCAGACUAAUGGAGCAAACUGAUGCUACUACUUGUCACCAUGUGCAAAAUACAGUAUAGAAUUUAUAUGAUAAAGGUUCAAAACUUUCUCAAUUGAGAAUUUUAGUAUUAUUUUGGAGUCCUUGAUUCUGAAUCUCUAUCUCAGUUACUCAGCAUAGAACAGUACUUUAUAAAAGUUGUUUCUUUGGUCCUGCUGGUGAAUAAAAGGUCUUGCUGACAAUGAGGAGGCUGUCAGGAAGGUCUUGAGAAAACAUUUUCAAGUGGAAUGACAGAAAUGCUCAAGAAUGAAGGCAUGAUGAUAUGAGGUGAGUUUAGAAAAAUCUUACUAAAAAUCAUAAAAGUUAGUUUGUUUUGCAGAUAAGUCUGCUCUAAAUGGGGAAAAAAAGUAGAAGACAAGUAGAUGCUGGAGUUGAUAGGCUCUGAUGCUAAUUAAUGUGCUUCUGGUGCAUGCAAGUUAGUCAAAAGACAAUUCUGAGACCACUUCAGUUUUAGGUCGUUGCAUUUUUACAUGAACAACUGGAUUUUAACAUUUAAACACCUUUGUCAGUAGCCUUUCUGCAAGCUUUAUGAGCUUUGAGUUAAUUUGCUGUCACAGUUUUUAUUGGUUUGUGACUUCAUAAGGUUUUAAAUGCUUUGUACUUGUUUUAAAUCUUUGUACUUAGAAGGAAAACAUGAGGAGGAUGGUGGUAAGUAAGUUCACACCACUUGUACCUUUCUGUACUUAUUUCAAGUUCUUAUGUCUGGAGUUUGAAUUUAGAUAGUGUUUAUUAAUGAUUUAGUUUCAUAAUCUACACUCUCAGCUAGGAUGCACAACUCGGGAUCUCUGUUCUUCUGCAAGGCUGGCUGGUUAAUGGGCAGGAAUGAUCUGAAAACCAGUUGGAUUCUGUAAUUCAGGUAGUGUGAAAUCUGUCAAAUGUCAUGGUCUCUUAAAUUGCAGGAAUAUAGUAAUAGUAUUGGCUACAGCAUGGUUAGGAGGGAAGUUCCAACUCUGCUUGCUGGUCUACAUAGUGCUGCUUAAAACCUGUGCAAUGUUCUGAAAAUGUGAGUGGUACAGGUAAUCCCAGCACUGGUGGAGCAGCUUUACACCUGGGGGACCAGAUCAUCAACUGGCAUAGAUCUGUCUUAAGUUCCAUUUUUUUAAAUCAAUGGGUACCAGCUCAGACUCAAAGCGCAGACCCAUCCCUGUCCAGUUAGAGGUGCUUUGAAGUCCCUUAUUAUCAGAUGGUUACUUCAGUGGUACCUUGUGGGUUGUCAUCAUUAAAAUGUGAUGAUUUAGAGUGUGACACAAUAUUAGAUGUGCAUUAAGCUGUCUUCUCACAGACACAGUUCAGAGUUAACAGCCUAUAAAAUUUUAUCAUUUAAUGCAAAAUACUGGUUGCUAGUUGCUUCCUGUCUGCUGUUAGAGAAACUUGUGAUGAUAAUUUAGGAAGGAAAAUUGUUUUUCCACAGAAGUCACCAUACUUCUAGGCACAAGUGCUUUGGAAAGGAAGCACAUCCAGCUGGAUGUGCAGGGAACGUUUGUGGCUGUGGAGGGUUACAUGGCAUAGGAGCCCCUCCUCAUGAGGUUAUUCCUGUCUUGCAUGCAAAACAAACUCCCUCUUCUGUCUUGCUACCUCACUUUUCUUAGUUCCUACUCACCCAAGAGAAGGAUCAGCUUCUUAAAAUGCUUUUCUGACAGAAUAAUUUAAAAUCAAAUCCUUAUGGUCGUUUGUCACAGUAUAUUUUCUACUUCAAAGAAUGGGCUAGUCCUUAUCUGUAUUCUCUAAGAUGGAGGUAAAUUCUGUUUUGGUGGGGCAGUGAGAGUCCUUUGAACAUGCAAACAGUUGCCUGUUAUUAUCUGUUCUUUACUGGUUUGUCAUUUAGUGAGGAUUUAUUCUAUCAACCUGCAGGGGCUACAGAAAUACUUGUCCUGUACUUGGUCUCUGUAAUACCACGAGAGGGAAUAUCUCUUUUUAAUGCUACUGUCUUCAGUUACUGAAACACUCCAUGGCAGGGUUCCCUCCCUUGUUUAUUUGUGGUUUGGGUUUUUGGGGUGCAUUUUUGCAAUGUCUUUUUUCAUGGUGAUGAUGUGCUACAGUAUUUGGCUGUAGAAAUGCUGCAACAUGAACUCCUUGUCAUGUCAUGAAGCAUUUGGGCUGGAAACCAGGCAAUGUUCAAGUAUUGUACUAUGUAAAUAAGAUUAAUAGAAGCUAUACCAUUGUAUUUAUUGCUUACACUAGGAAUGAAGUGGAAAAAAUGUGAAGUUGUUUUUUGGUUGUGCUUAUUUUCCCUUUGGUCAUAUGACUCA